GAUGCGUGUCCUCCGAGUCGCCGAUUGAACUUGUCGGCCAUCCAAAAGCUGUGUUGUUGAACAAAGUACGGAGCUGGGACUUUAUCUAAAGCUACCAAUAUCAGCUCCAUUAAGGUAUAAAGCAACAACGGAAUAACUCCAAUAGGUACCAAACUUCAACAUUCAGCUUAAACCUUGGGGACACAAUGGCUUCUACAAUGCUUGCAUCUUUCCCUGGCGCUGCUACCAGCUACACAACCUCCCAUCUGAAUAAGGACCCGGCUCCAUUACUGGCUGAGAAUGACAACUAUACAUUUGAGCAGCUGGUUCAUGACUUGAGAAGCUACCUGGGUAGCUCUCGAGGCAUUGAUGGCGAGAAUGUCGACCACAAGGUUCUGAUUGCCUUCAUGUCCAAAUACGCUUCCAAUCCCAAUGACUGGUCACGAUUUGCACGCAACGAUGUGAGCAAGAACUAUACUCGCAACCUGGUGGAGGAUAUCAAUGGUCGUGCCAACCUGUUGGUUCUGGUCUGGAACCCCCAAAAAGGCUCGCCCAUCCAUGAUCACGCAGAUGCUCACUGCAUCAUGAAGAUUCUCGGGGGAGAAUUGAAUGAAGUGAUAUACGAUACGCCAGAUCCCGCACGAGGCCAUGAUGCGCCUUUGACGGUCAAGCAAGAGACGACGUACAAGACCGAUGAAGUUGCGUAUAUCUGUGACCAGAUCGGGCUGCAUAGGGUCAUGAAUCCUCAGAAAGAUCAGGUUGCUGUUUCUUUGCACUUGUAUACGCCGCCCAAUGCUGCGGACUUUGGGUACAACAUCUAUGAUCGCGAAACUGGUCGGAGCAGCCAUGUUUAUCAGGCGUCCUAGGAGGGUGAGAGGAAAUUCGGACAAGAACAGACGAGUGCAGGACACUCGCUAUGAUUCAUGACUAGCGUUGAUAAUCUGUAUGCAUUUAAAGUGGGACUUGGCAGGUCUAAGGCUCGAUACCUCAAGGGAUAUUGCUAUUGGUAUCAUUGUAUCGCAAUUGUCUGGAUUGGUUUGAGGCGAACAAAGCCAUGCAUAGUA